GCCUAUGUGAGUGUGUAGCAUACACCCAACAAAAUAUAACCUAGUCUUAGCAUGCCACACAAUAUAAUACAGCUGUAUUUUUCAAUAUGGAUUUUUUUUCACACAGUUAAUGGACAGCACCUGCCACCCCUGCCUCCUCUGCCACCCCUGCCUCCUCUGCCAUCCUCUGCCAUCCUCUGCCAUCUACAAGUCACCUCUGUUGCUCCUGUUAUCACACCUGCCUAACAUAGGCCAGUAUAGGCCUGCUGCCGUGCCCUUCUGUUUCCGUGUGUGAAAACUGAAGGCCUAAUAGAUCUGUUACCUAAUUCUCCUUAUUUUCCUUAUUUAUCUUAUCUUAUUUCUCUUCAGUGAACGUAGAAAGAUUUGGAAGUCAAAAUAAAUCAUUAAUAAAUUAGACUAGAACGCAGACAACAAGAAAAUUAAAGAAAAUACUUUUUCAAUUGAGAGAAUUUGAUGACUUCUCGUAGAGCUCCAGGAAGACCCCAGUAGAGCUCCAGAAAGACCCCCCUGUAGAGCUCCAGGAAGACCCCCUGUAGAGCUCCAGGAAGACCCCAGUAGAGCUCCAGGAAGACCCCCCUGCAAAGCUCCAGGAAGACCCCCUGUAGAGCUCCAGGAAGACCCCCUGUAGAGCUCCAGGAAGACCCCCCUGUAGGAGCUCCAGGAAGACCCCCUGUAGAGCUCCAGGAAGACCCCUGUAGAGCUCCAGGAAGACCCCCCCUGUAAGCUUCAGGAAGACCCCCCCUGUAGAGCUCCAGGAAGACCCCCCUGUAGAGCUCCAGGAAGACCCCCCUGUAGAGCUCCAGGAAGACCCCCUGUAGAGCUCCAGGAAGAUACCCCUGUAGAGCUCCAGGAAGACCCCCCGUAGUGCUCCAGGAAGACCCCCGUAGUACUCCAGGAAGAUCCCCGUAGAGCUCCAGGAAGACCCCCGUAGAGUUCCAGAAGACCCCCGUAGAGUGGCAGAAUGGGCGGGGUGGUCGGAAAACAUGGCUCCUUCCUGCUGGACCACUCAAUGGACGAUGUCUUCCUCCGUGAGUUGAAGGCUGACUCCCUGAAGCACAGCCCUGUCUCUACCAUCACUGGCGGAGACCAGCCUCCACCCUACAAAGAUGAUCCCAGCAGACUGCUGGAAACGCCGGCUGACAGAAAAGCCAGAAAGAUCUCUCACUGGGUCGCUUACUCAACCAUGUUUGUUAUGAACAUGGGAUUUUCCGUUGUCCUCAGCGGCGUCUGGCCCUAUCUUCACGAAGAAGUAAGUGUCUGGCCCUAUCUUCAUGAGGAA